UCCACUUGUCAGAGUACAUCGCUCAUAAGAUCUCUACAUCUCUCAAAUCAUCCGCCUAUGUCUUUAUCACAGAUACAAACAUCGAGAAGUUACACCUCAAAAACCUUAAAAAUGACUUGAAAAAAUCGUUAGAUAGCACUCAAAACGCUGCAAAGAUCCUGAGCUACGUCGUACCCCCAGGAGAGUCCUCGAAAUCCCGAGCUGUAAAGGAGCAAAUUGAGGACUGGAUGUUCAGCCACAGGUUGACAAGAGACACCGUAGUAAUAGCCCUUGGUGGUGGUGUUGUCGGUGAUCUCACUGGCUUCUUAGCAGCAACAUAUAUGCGCGGUGUCCCAUUCGUGCAAAUUCCUACGACUUUGUUAGCCAUGGUCGAUAGCUCUGUUGGUGGAAAGACUGCAAUCGACGUUCCAGCAGGAAAAAACCUCGUUGGUGCUUUCUGGCAGCCAAAAUUCAUCUUUAUCGAUGUAGCAAUGCUUGAGACUCUCCCACAAAGAGAAGUCAGCAAUGGUAUGGCCGAAGUUAUCAAGACAGCCGCUAUCUGGAACGCCGAGGAGUUUACGGAUUUAGAAAAUAAUGCAGCGGCUAUACUUUCAGCUGUCUCAAAACCUUCAUCAACAGCUCAGCAAAAGCACGUCGGCAGACACAUCUCAAAUCGUUCAGCUGAACAAUCACUCAUCUUGAAGGUUAUCAGUGGUUCAAUCGGCGUUAAAGCACAUGUAGUUACCGUCGAUGAACGUGAAACAGGAUUGAGAAAUCUCGUCAACUUUGGUCACUCAAUUGGUCAUGCUAUCGAAGCAAUCGUUGCACCUGAAGUCCUUCAUGGUGAAUGUGUCUCUGUAGGAAUGGUCUUGGAAGCAGAAGUUUCUAGAGCUUUGGGUCAUCUUUCUCAAGUUGCAGUUGGCAGAAUCUCACGCUGUCUUAAAGCCUACAAUUUGCCUACCAGCACAUCAGAAGCCCUCUUCACUCGUUUGCCAAAAUCAGCAAACAUUACUGUUGAUCGCUUGAUUGAAAUCAUGGCAGUCGAUAAGAAGAACGCUGGAAGCAACAAGAAGAUCGUCUUGCUCGGAAGCGUUGGAAGCACAGUCGAACAGAAAGCUUCCAUUGUAAAGGAUGACCUUAUUAGACGUGUUUUGUCGUCUGCAGUUCGCGUCGAGGCUGGAAAGCCACCAAAUCAUUUCACACUCUCCACUCCUGGUUCAAAGAGUAUUAGUAACAGAGUCAUGGUUCUCGCUGCUCUUGGAAAAGGUACCGUUAAAAUUCGCAACCUUUUACACUCCGAUGAUACCAAAGUAAUGAUGUCCGCAUUGAACGACCUUCAAGGUGCCAAAUUCGCAUUCGAGGAUGGUGGUGAUACACUCGUCAUUACUGGUGGUGAAGGAAAGCUCAGUCCACCAGAUGAUGGCAAGCAAGUAUAUCUCCAGAAUGCAGGUACAGCAGCCAGAUUCUUAACCACUGUUUGCACACUCGUAAAGCCAUCCUCGAAGCAGCAAUCAACGAUCAUUACUGGUAACGCACGUAUGAAGCAACGUCCAAUCGGUCCGUUGGUCGAUGCCCUUCGUAGCAACGGCUCCCAAAUUGAAUAUCUUGAGAGUGAGGGCGCAUUACCAUUACAUAUCGCUAGCAAGGACAGCGGUUUGGCAGGAGGUCACAUCAGACUUGCUGCAAGCGUUUCAUCACAAUAUGUCUCAUCUAUCUUGUUGUGUGCUCCAUAUGCCAGUGAAGCCAUCACUCUUGAGUUGGUCGGUGGACAGGUCAUCUCACAGCCAUAUAUCGACAUGACGAUCGCUAUGAUGAAAGACUUUGGCGUAAAUGUAGAACGUGUCAAGGAUGAAAGCGGAAAACUACUUGACAUGUACAAAAUCCCAAAGACUAGCUACACUAAUCCAGCUGAGUACAACGUCGAAAGUGAUGCAUCAAGUGCGACAUACCCAGCUGCUAUCGCCGCACUCACAGGAACGACUGUUACAAUUAAGAACAUUGGUAGUGAAAGUUUACAAGGUGACGCUGGAUUCGCCAAGAACGUUCUCGAGCCAAUGGGUUGCAAGGUUAUCCAAGAUAAAUCAGAGACAACAGUCACUGGUCCAACUGAUCAGCCACUUAGAGCCCUCGGUGAUAUCGAUAUGGAAACGAUGACAGAUGCUUUCCUUACCGCUUGCUGUGUUCUUGCUGUUGCAACUGGCGAACCUCUCUCUGGGAAGAAGAGAACAGGAAAUGGAACGCGUAUUUACGGUAUUGCUAACCAACGUCAAAAGGAAUGUGAACGUAUUCAAGCCAUGGCUGAUGAACUUGCCAAAUUCGGUAUCAAGACCGAGCAAGAUCCAGACUCUAUUACAGUUUUCCCAAGGCCGGCUGAUGAACUUAACACUGAAGUUGUCGUACAUUGCUAUGAUGACCACCGUGUUGCUCUUGCUUUCUCUUGUCUCGCCCAGAGAGUUGCAGGUACAGUCUUGGAUGAGAAACGCUGUGUUGAAAAGACCUGGCCAAAUUGGUGGGAUGACUUGCAAAAUAAGAUUGGCAUCCCUGUCAGCGGUGUCGAUGCCCAUCCGGUUGCUGGUCCACCAUCCCCUAAACUGGCGCCAGUUCCUGCGGCUGCUCCUUCUGGUGCUUAUAUUCCAGAUGCUUCCAUCUUUAUUGUUGGUAUGCGCGGUAGCGGUAAGACAACAGUCGGUAAAUUAGCAGCUGGCACUCUCGGUAGAAAUUUCUUGGAUGCAGAUGCCCUUCUUGAAGAGGAGACUAAGGUUACCGUCUACAACUACGUUCAGCAAUUCGGCUGGGAGGAAUUCAGAAAGGCUGAACUCAAAGUUUUGAAGAAGCUCAUUGAGAAGCAUGCUCAGGGCUACAUUAUAUCGCUCGGCGGUGGUGUUGUUGAGACUGAAGAAGCCAGAGAAUUGCUCAAGGCUUACGCUAAUGACAAAGAAGGUGGACCGGUAGUCUAUGUUGAGAGAAGUGAGGAUGAGAUAGUCAACUACUUGCAACUUGAAAAAGAUAGACCAGCUUAUGCUACUGGUGACGAAGUCAAAGACGUCAUUAAGCGUCGUAAACCAUGGUUUUCAGAAUGCGCAACACACAGAUUCAUUAACCAUCUCAAUUUACAAGCUCAAGUAAAUGAAUUACUUUCAGGUAAACAAGUUGACCUAUCCUCUAAAUUAUUACGCUCCGAAGUUCGUGAAAUUAAGCGUUUCUUCAACUUCAUAUCGGGUGAAGAUCUUAAUCAAAUUGACGUCGAUGCAAGAAGAACCUACUUCCUCUCCCUCACUUACCCGGACAUUCUUGAGGCUUUACCAAUUAUGGACCAGCUUAGCGCUGGUAUUGAUGCCCUCGAGGUGCGUGUUGACCUACUCUCAGAGGAUGGUAAGGCACCUACAGUACCUAGCGUCCCAUCAGCAGAUUACGUAUCAGCUCAAUUGUCAGCACUCAGACAAUGUACUUCAUUGCCAAUUAUCUACACCGUCAGAACCCAUUCACAAGGCGGUAUGAUACCAGAUGAGAAAUUUGAAGAUAUCGCAGCUCUCAUUGAAUUAGGUAUAGCUUUAGGCUCUGAAUUCAUAGACGUGGAGCUGAAUCUCCCUGACUCACUCAUCGACGAUGUCGUUAAACGUAAGGGUAACUCAAAGAUCAUUGCUUCUAUGCAUGACUUCCCUGGUAACUACAAAUGGGAUUCUACUGAGAUGAGCCAGAAGUACAGCCAAGGCGCAAAAUAUGGGGACGUUGUUAAAUUAGUAGGUCGUGCCAACAGCCUCGAAGAUAAUUUUGAAACCUCCAAAUUUUUGAGCAAAUUGCCUGCAUCACCUCCAGUAUUGGCAUUUAACGUUGGAGUAAUUGGACAGCUUAGCAGAAUUCAGAACUAUGUUCUUACACCUGUAACUCAUGAGUUACUGCCGUCCAAAGCUGCCCCUGGUCAGCUUUCUUUCAAGGAGAUACAACAAGCGCUCAACCUUACUGGACAAUUAGACAGCAAAAAGUUCUACUUAUUCGGAUGUCCUAUUCAACAAUCUCAAUCGCCUACACUUCACAACACUGGCUUCCAACAGCUUGGUUUGCCGUAUGUCUACUCCCUCCACGAAAGAGAACAACUUGAUGGCUCAGUUGAUCAAAUACUCGAGAGUCCAGACUUCGGUGGUGCCUCUGUCACUAUCCCUCACAAAGUUGGCAUCUUGAACAAAAUCCAUACUUUGUCAAUGCCAGCAAAGGCAAUCGGUGCAGUCAACACAAUCGUAGUCAGAGAAGAUGUAAAUGGAAAGAGAGAGCUUUUCGGAGAUAACACCGAUUGGCAAGCCAUUAAAUCCUGUGCUCAAUCUUCUGUUGACGGAAGUGAUCCAAUUACGAAGGAAUCAGCAGGUUUGGUAAUCGGAGCAGGUGGUACGUGUCGCGCUGCACUUUAUGCUUUGCAUGCACUUGGAUGUGGCACUAUUUAUUUAUAUAAUCGCACAAAAGAGAAUGCAGAAAACGUAACGAAAGAUUUCCCUACUUUCAACAUUCAAGUACUUGACAACCUGAACAACGUGGUAGAGAAGCCACAAAUAAUUGUCUCAUGUAUUCCAGCAUCCGCCACUACAAUUGAAGAAGGUAGCGGCGAUGGAAUAUACCUCCCAAAGACAAUAUUCGGACGUCAAUCGGGAGUCGUGAUUGAUAUGUCAUACAAACCGCUUAAGACACCACUUUUGAGGCUCAGUGAGGAAGCCAAUGGAUGGGUGGGUGUACCAGGUGCUACUAUCCUCCUUGAGCAAGGUUUCGCACAAUUCAAAUUAUGGACUGGCAGACAACCAGGUAGGAAAGGCGUUGAAAAGGCUGUCUGGCAAAGAUACUUGGAGACUGCAUAAACGCACUUUAUUUCUUUUGAACUUAAGAAUUUUGAUUUGUUUGAAUUAAGAAGUAAUUAAUUAUUAAAGAGUGUUAUAUAACAAAAC